AUAGCUUAGCGCUUGGGGUCUGGGUUCCGGAUCUUUGGAUACAAUAUUGCCUUCCCAGGCUUAUCUGGGCCACCGGGCUAGCGCUGGGCAGUGCGAGGCAGCUCUGAGCUCCGGUGGCCUUGGGUACAAAGACUAUUGUCAUAGCAACGUUCCGAGGCUGCUACUAUGAAUACUGAGCCGGGCCCCCAAGGCUGCCAGCACUGCAUGCUGGGGGAGGGGCCUGUGGGCAGCUGUGUGGGAGGACUUGGAGAACUGGGACACGAGUCUAGCUGGCUCGCCUGGGCCUUGGGCAUGGGGAAAGGGAAGCCCUGGGGGCCGGGCCACAGGGCCCAACCGAAGCGCCCCAGUUCUUUUCAAGGGCCCGAAUUCAGCCAUCCGAUGGCACUCCUUACUGCCUCCCCGACUCCUGCCUUUACUUACUUUUUAGGCCUUAGACUCAAUGCUGUGUGUCUGCUCCGAGGGAGAAGAGGGGCGAGGGCUGGGCCGGAGGGGUAAGGGACCUGUCCAGGGUCACCACGCCAGGAAAGGCCUAGCCUGUGCACACACCCAUGCACACAAAUAAACAGCCAAUGUGUGUCCCCGCGCGGCUCCCGGAGGGUCACAGGGAGAGGGAGCCGCUGGCCAGUCCCCCCUCUGAGGCGAGAAGGACACUUCCGGGGACUCCGUCAUUCUAGAUACGUCCUUCUCCCAGCAGGGGAAGGAGUCUAUCUGAAGAUCUCUAGUCCCCUGGAACUCAUCCCCUCCCCAUACAGCCCCUCAGCACGCCAUUGGAUAGCAGCCAGGAGCACGCCGGAAAGGUGAACCCUCUAGGUUCCAAAUCCUACUGUCCACUGGGGCUCUGCAAGAUGGAAAGAGCCAACCACCUGGCCUCUUCUUAAGCGCCUCCUACGUGCCAGGCAUGUAGAAUAGAGAAUACAGAGACUACUGGGAAUGCUAAAAGAGACAAAAGGACAGCUCCUGACCUCAAGAAGCGCAUGUUCUAACGGGAGGUUUCCAAAGGGGCUGCUAGCUACGCCAACGUCCACCUUGCACAGGGAUGCUCCGCCACCCAACUGGGAGCAAUUCCAUUGGCUGCCCCCAUGCCCAUGUCAUCUCUACCUCCCGGCUUCCUUCAAGUCCCAGGAUCGGGAACUGGCCCCUGAGGAGCUAGAUGAGCUGCUGGAGGCCUUCAAUGAGUUCGAUACUGACCGAGACGGCUACCUUGGCUACCGGGAGCUGGGGGCCUGCAUGCGGACGCUGGGGUACAUGCCCACAGAGAUGGAGCUCAUUGAGAUCUCCCAGCACGUCAAGAUGAGAAGUCAGUGCCCAGAGGCCCCGGGGUGCAGGAUGUGCCCAGGGCAGGCCAGGGGCCGAGGCCUGGGAAGUGGGGGUGGACACGAAGGGCUUUGUGGACACGGACCGUGGGGGGAGGCCGGCAGCAGGGGCUGAGAGGGAUGGUGGAGACGGAGAGGGAUGAAAUCAGGGAGGACCUGCAUGGGAGGCUUUUGAGGGGCUUUAAGUUCCUGUUGAGGUCACACAAAAAAUGGGGGUGGGAGAAGGGGAAGCUUCCAGGCUGGAAAGAAAGACAUGAAAGUCCAGCCAAGACUAGU